AUGAACACUCUGUCUCGCGAGGCCACCCUCGACGCCGUCGGCCAGAUCCUGGGCCGUCUUGGCCCGACCUCAUAUCUCGACACCCUUGCCUUGAUAACUGUUGGGUUGGUGUCCGGCGCCUACGUCCUGGUCGACCAGAUCUGGGGCAAGCCGGACCCUUACAAUUACAUCUUCUAUGAGCGGCCGCAAGAGGCCGAUGGCGCUGCGCUCGCAGCUAACCAGACGACUCGCAACAUUGCGGACCGCAUGGAAGAGCUUGGCAAACAAGCGGUCGUCUUCUGGGGCUCGCAGUCCGGCACUGGCGAAGCCUUCGCAAGUCGUCUGGUGCGAGAGCUAGCCCAGCGCUUCCGCCUCGAAGCCAUGGCCGCUGACCUCUCCGACUUUGACCCCGAGACCAUUGCCCUGAUUCCCACGUCCAAGGUCGCCAUCUUCAUCCUGUCAACCUAUGGCGAGGGCGACCCCAGCGACAAUGCUGCGCAGUUCUGGGAAUGGGCCACCAAGCUCAAGGGGACGCCCCUCCAGCAGCUGAGAUACGCCGCCUUUGGGCUGGGAAACAGCAACUACCAGUACUACAACCGCGUUGUCGACUUGGUUGAUGAGUCUCUCACCCGCGCUGGUGCCUCGAUGCUUCUGCCCGUUGGUCGGGCUGACGACGCUCUUGGCUCCACUGAGGAAGACUUCCUCACCUGGAAGAACGAGUUGUACAACUUCUGCCGCCAAGAGCUUCACCUAGAGGAGCAAGCUGCCAAGUAUGAGCCAGCAAUUGAAGCUUACCACGACGAGUCGCUCGACAUAAUCGAUCUCUUCCACGGCGAGCCAGCCGCCCACAAGACUGUCAGCGGCGAGAGCUCCAUCGGCGCCGUCAAGAUCCUCAACUCUUACGAACUCUUCAACUCCACUACUCGAAACUGCCUGCAUAUGGACAUUGACCUGUCCGAGCACCCUGAAUGGACUUACAAGACCGGCGAUCACCUGGCCAUCUGGCCCGUCAACCCCGACCAGGAAGUCGAGCGUCUGAUGCGCGUCUUCGGCCUUUCUGAGCGUCGCCAUGUGCCUCUGUGCUUCAGAUCGCUGGAUUCGGCCGUCAGCAUCCCUAUCCCAUCUCCCACCACCAUCACAGCCCUUUUCCGCUACUACGUGGAAAUCUGCGCCGCUGUGUCUCGCGAGACCGUGGCCAGCCUCAUCGAGUUCGCGCCCUCGGAGAAGGCCAAGAAGUUCUUGACGGAGCUUUACUCGUCCAAGGAGGCUUACUCGGCCUUUUUGGCUCGCGAACACGUCACACUUGGAAAGUUGCUUGAGAUGGCUGCGGGUCCAGAUCAAAUCUGGUCCAGCGUGCCGCUGUCCUACCUCGUUGAGACUCUGCCUCGCACUCGACCUCGUUAUUACUCUGUUUCCUCUUCCAGCGUUCUCUCCCCCCGAGUCGCAGCCGUCACUGCGCUCGUCUCCAACACGGAACUGUCUGGCGAGACUCCUAUUCCAGGUCUUACUACCAACUACCUCUUGGCUCUCUCCGAUUUAGUCAACUCGGAAUCGCGAACUCAUCCUCAGGGGUUCUCCUACGAGCUCGAAGGACCUUCCAAGCAGUUGGAAGGUGCCAAGAUCUUUGCCCAACUGCGCCGAUCCACAUUUAAGCUGCCCGCUCUGCCGUCCACUCCGCUGAUUAUGGCCGCCGCUGGUACUGGAAUUGCUCCAUUCCGGGCCUUCAUCUCCGAGAGGUUACGCCUCAAGACCAUGGGCCGGAAGAUCGGAGAAAUGGUUCUCUUCUUUGGCUGCCGCCACAUCGAAGAGGACUACAUCUACCGGACAGAGCUAGAGCAGAUGGAGCGAGAGUCCGAGGGCAAGCUCCGCAUCGUCACGGCCUUCUCGCGAGUCAACGGCCAGAAGAAGACGUAUGUCCAGGACAAGAUGCAAGAAAUGAGCAGCGACGUCUCGCGACUGCUUGCCGAAGAUGCCACGCUGUACAUUUGUGGAAGGGCGAGCAUGGCCAGAGAGAUUGGCAAGACUGUCAGCGCCGUGGUUGGAAAGGAUAAGGAGUGGACGCAGUCUCAGGCUCAAGACUGGGCUGCUUCCAUGAAGCGCGGACGAAAGUGGCAGGAGGAUGUUUGGGGUUAG